AUGAUCGGCGACUUCCCGGAAAGCAAUAUUAUCUUUUCCGAUGAUGAAGAUUUUGAACAAGAUUAUGAAGAAGUACCAUUCCUUGUACGUAGAUCUGCAUGCAUGUCCAGAAGUGAGUUUGUUCGUAAUGUUAAAGAAAACCCAGAUAUCUGGUGCGACACAAGUAGACUUCAUUUAUUUAGUGUCACUCCUUUUGAUGUCUUCGGAGAUGAUGAUCUCAGUGGAAUUGAUAGUUAUGGUGGUGGUGAAACGGUGGCCCAAAGAAUGGAGGAGGGUAUGGGUAACGGCGGUGCUGGGGUUGAUAUUGGUGGCGGUGAUAGUGAUGGUAAAGUUGCAGGUUUUGAGCGAUCAAAAUGGUGGAAGAGGUUGUGGGCCUGGUGUAAAAAACUAACAAAUAAAUACAUUAGACGCCGUUCAAAAAGGUAA